AUGGUGCUUCAUAUUUCUCUUGUGGGGAAAUCAAAUCAUUCCCCACCAACACGAUUGGAUCUGUUAGAGAAACUGCGCCGUUUUUCUCCCCGUGCUUAUCAUGCCACUCGCUCCUAUUUAUGGACAGAAGACAAUUUAUUCACUAAUCUUUCUCCAGUGAAAAUAAUAACUGCAGUGGCACCUAAAGGGGAUUGUGAUUGUUGUUAUUAUUAUGCGUUUAAAGCCGAUUUGUCCUGUGGAGGAAAUAACGAAGAUGUUCGUGUGGUCGCCAUGCUUCUUCUAGACCUCACAGCCGCAGUGGAGGAGAUCGCGGCGAUUAUAACUGAGCAAGAAGAUGUUGGAGAAGAAGAUGUGAGUGAUGUAUUGCUUGUGGAGUUGGCAGAUGUAGUGGAGCAAUCAGAAGAGAGACGCCGAGCCUAUUUGAGACGCUGGGCCGCAGAGGAACACAAUUAUCAUCGUAAAAUGGUAAACCGUGUGGUACUCUCAUCUGGUGAUCUCUUUAUUCUUCCACUCUCUUUACCGUAUACUACUUUUAUACAAAAUGAAUCAGAAAAGGAAAAUGAUAAAAUAAAAGUUUCUUUAGCUUUUCUCAGUUUAGAUAAAGAAACAAAGGAACAUUGUCGUGAGAGGGAACUCACAGAGGCUUUACAUGAUUGGGCAAAUGGGGUGGAAAGAGUCAUGCGAGAAGAAUCUUGGCAUCUCGCAAUAGUCUCUAUACCCGCUUCUGUAGCCGAACUCAUUAAUGUUUAUCCACAUCUUGUACAGAAGGCACUAUUACAUCAUAGUGUUCGGGAACCAUUACAUUGGCUUCAAAGUGGUACACUCGCUUCCAUCUCAUCUAGUCAUGCAGAAGAUAUUGUUCGUGUAGUUAUUCAGGAAUACCGUAUUUUAGUACAAAAUAAUCGUUACGUACGAGUACCAUUAAGAAUGCCACGAUAUACAUUUGCUCACUUUUAUUGUACAAGUAUACCUCCUUCUCUGAGAAGUGAACCGCUAGUAGUAAAUUACUCUUCAAAUACUCAGAAAAAUAAUUUGAAUAUAGUUACAGAUGAAAAGGAAGUUUUAUUAGGUCUUCAACUCACCAUUGCACUUCAUAGACUUCGUUGUGAAGUGCCUGGUUCACAUAAAGAAGUUAUUGAACAAUUUUUAAAAGAUUUACAACGUAGAAAUGAUGAGACGAGUAUGAUUUCUAAUGUUGUAAAUGAUCCUAAUGAUGUCCUUUCACAACGUAGACUUAAUCGAUUGAGACGAAGAAUGAUGCCUGUGGCUUCUAUGCAGGGACAUUCUACGGAUUGGAUGCGUACAUAUGCACAAGAGGCCGCGAGGAUGUAUGAUGUUACAGAUAAAGAGUUUGCUCGUUUUGAUGAAAACAUGCUGAACUCCAGUGAGAGUGACUCCAGUUCACAAGAGGAGAAUAAUACAGAUAAAUAUGAGAGUGAUGAUGAUACUAUCUCUACUACAGAAGAUGAGAUUCAUGCUGUGGAGAGGGAAAUUGAGGAGAUGGAACCUUUGUUGGAGGCAAAGAUGCGAGAGGCGGUGUUGGGCAGAGAUGGUGUUUGCAGUGGAAAUGAAAAUGAAACUGCAGCGUUGGCCGCAGUAGCAGAGAACGUUUUAUUCCGUGAAACUGUUCAGAUGCUCGCUCAUGAUGAUGAUCCCUGCAGAAGUUGA